UACUCUCCCCUCUCUACCCUAAAACACAUUCACCCACUUCCUCUGCAUAAACCUCUCUCUCUCUUUUCCUCUCUUCUCUCUUCUCUCUCUCUCCACUGAAAAUCGCAGCUCUGGAGACAUAACUUCCUCAGAAACCUCCCUACUUGAUGACUUUUGCUUCUUGAGUUUUCACUUUAUUGUCCGAACGCUCUGAAACUUUUGAGCCCCCAUUAACGAUAAAGAGACUACUAAAAACACACAAAAAACAAAACAAAAAAUCAAACCCAUGGAAGAUAAUCUCGCUUGUGGAGAAACCAGCGAUUCAUGGAUCAUUGACAACGACGAUGAAAUCAACUGUGGCGGCGGAUUUAUGAGCGAUAACCAUGAACUUUUUAGUAAAGACGAUAACUUUGACGGCAACGGAUCAAUUCCGAUGAUGGGUGGUUCCCCAUCGUCGUCGAGAGAAGACAGAAUCAAAGAGAUGUUGGAGAGAGAGAUUGAGUUUUUGCCCGGAACUGGCUAUCUCAAGAGAUUGCGUUCUGUGGAUUCGGAGUUGCGUGUUAGAAACCAAGCUCUGGAUUGGAUUUUGAAGGUUUGUGCUCAUUACAAUUUUGGACCUUUAUGCAUAUAUCUAUCCAUGAACUACUUGGAUCGGUUCUUAUCAUCCUAUGAAUUGCCAAAAGACAAGGCUUGGGCUGUGCAGUUGCUAGCUGUCUCUUGCUUAUCAUUAGCAGCUAAAAUGGAAGAAUCAGAUGUGCCUCAAACUCUUGAUUUACAGGUGGGAGAUCCCAGCUUUGUUUUCGAGGCCAAAACAAUAAAAAGGAUGGAACUUUUGGUACUCAACACAUUGAAAUGGAGAUUGCAAGCUCUAACUCCAUUCUCCUUCAUUGAUUAUUUCAUUUACAAGAUCAGCGGUCACGUAUCAGAGAAGACGAUCUAUAGAUCGUCACAAUUCAUCUUGAACACCACUAAAGCAAUUGAAUUCUUAGACUUCAGGCCUUCUGAGAUAGCUGCAGCAGCGGCAGUGUCUGUUUCCAUUUCAGGAGAAAUAAAGUGCAUUGAUGACGAAAAGGCCAUGUCUAAUCUCACAUAUGUUAAGCAGGAGAGAGUGGAGAGAUGUUUGAAUCUGAUGAGAAAUCUCACUGAGGAGAGUGUGCCGGGAACUAGAUUAUCACCGGAGCAGCCGCGAUUAGUGGCAAGAGUGGUACCGGAGAGUCCUGUUGGAGUGUUGGAAGCAACAUGUUUGAGCUAUAAGAGUGAGGAGAGAACAGUUGAGUCAUGUACAAAUUCCUCACAGAGUAGUCCAGACAACAACAACAACACUAGCAACAAGAGGAGGAGAAAACAAUGAGAGAGAGAGAAAAAAAAGAGUCAUCAUACGUUGCUUUUUCAACUUCAAUCCAUAAGGGUCAUGAACAUUUGAGGUUCUUUUUUUUAAGUUUUGGUUUAUUCCUUGUUUUACAUAAAUAUUCUUUUUUCUUUCUUUGAUUUCUCAUCUUCAAUCAGAAAAUUGGAUUGAAAAUGAGAGUUUUGUGAGAGAGAAAAAAGAAAAAAAAAAACAAAUAAAGAGGGGUCUUUUGAAGGCGGCAAAA